AUGUUAGCCCUGUGGCUUCUGCUCCCUCUCGCCUCCCUGGGGCUUGGCAUCACCCAGCCCCUGGUCCAGGGGCGCAACUUUCAAAGGCUGGCACCCGUCUGGCCACCCCUCUUCAACCUCAACUUGUCCCAGGAGGUUGGGGAAACCAUCCAGAUUCCAAACAAUGGGAGUGCACCCCUGCUUGUGGCUGUGCAGGUGUUCGUGUCCAAUGUUUAUAAUGUGGACAUCCUUCGGUACACAGUGUCCUCUGUGCUGCUGCUUCAGAUGUCCUGGCUGGACCCUCGCUUGGCCUGGAACACUAGUGUGCACCCACGGCAUGCAAUCACACUGCCCCAGGACUCGCUCUGGACACCCAGACUCACCAUCUUGGAGGCGCUCUGGGUGGACUGGAGGGACCUGAGCCCACAGGCCCGAGUGGACCAGGACGGCCACGUAAAGCUCAACCUGGCCCUCACCACGGAGACCAACUGCAACUUUGACCUCCUCCACUUCCCCCGGGACCAGAGUCACUGCAGCCUGAGCUUCUAUGCUCUAAGCAACACUGUGAUGGAGUUGGAGUUCCAGGCCCAGGCCAUGAACGAGAUUGUGAGUGUCAAGAGGGAAUAUGUAGUUCACAAUCUGUCAACCCAAGUCCCACCGAAGCAGCUGGUGCCCUGCUUCCAACUGACGUUGAGCCUGAAGAACACGGCAUUGAAGUCCAUCAUAGCUCUGCUGGUGCCUGCAGAGGCACUGCUACUGGCUGACGUGUGUGGGGGACUGCUGCCUGUCCAGGCCACUGAGCGCAUUGCCUACAAGGUGACGCUGCUCCUGGGCUACUUGGUCUUCCACUCCUCCCUGGUGCAGGCCCUGCCCAGCUCCUCAUCCUGCAACCCACUGAUCAUUUAUUUCUUCACCGUCCUGCUGCUGCUGCUCAUCCUCAGUACCAUGGAGACUGUGCUGAUGGCUGGGCUGCUGGCCCGGGCCACCCUCGAGGCUAACAGCAGCCCCAGCACAGCCUUGAGAGGGGAACACCAAGAUCACAAGAACCCAGGGCCUACUCCUGAAGAAGCCCCCAGAGGCAUCCAGGGUUCUAAGAGGAGCUGGCCUGAGAUUGUCGACCACAUCUUCUUCCUUGUGUAUGUGGCUGGAGUGGCGUGCAGCCAAUUCAUCUUUGCUGGAGUUUGGAUGUGGGCAGCGUGCAAGUCUGACCCAGCCCCUGGGGAGGCUGCACCCCACGGCAGGAAGCCCAGUCUGUAACCGAGCAGGGUCUGGGCUGCGGACCUUAGGAUGCAUGUCUCUGGAGAGAGAGGAGGAAGGCUGCUCUCUUCCCCAACACCGGAGAACCUAACCUCCCCGCCCCCCCCCCCCCCCCCAGCUCUCCCUGUUAGCAUACAAGAAUAGUGGAAUAAAUGUAUACUGAGUGCAGGUAUACCUCAAGGAUCUGUCUUCACUGAGCUGGGCUGUUCCCUCUCAUCCCAUGUAGAUGGCACCCUACUGCCUGCCACUGAUCCUCAUUUUGCUCCUUAACGUCUCACCAUUGCACACUAGUCUCAUAGCCACACGCAGGCAGCCUGGCUUUUCCCUCUGUGGCCACCACUGCUUAGCCCAGGGGCACUGUGCUGGGCUGGGGGACAAGAGCCUGCAAGGCAGGCCAUGGGGUGGUCGGAACUUCUCCAAACACGUCCUGUGGUGUGCUGGACCUCAGAGGGAACAGCAAGUGAGCAGUUCCACCCCCAGCUACCAAGAGGACCCCUGGGAGAUGGACUGUCCCCAGACCUCAGGACAGUGAGUGAUGCAAAUGUGUUUCCUGCACUAAAUCCAGGAGAGCAGGCUGACCCUGACUGCUUUUCCUCCAGGUUCUCUGGCUGCUCCUCUAAGCCCUACCCACAUUCUGGGCUGAAGGGAGAAUUCUCUGCCUCUGGCUCUGAAGCUGCUGGAGGGAGGGUUGUUCUGCCCUCCUGUUCUUGGUACAGAGGAAGCAGCUGUGGGUACAGGUCUCUGUCUUCCUUCUCUUCUUUCCUGUUUCAGAAGCCAUCAGGGUCACAAAACCCAGGGUGUGAAAGGACUCCAGCAUUCUGAGAGAGUG